CCGGCAACAUACCUCAUCAGAGUGUCUUAACCUUAUAGUACCUAUUUCAACAAGCAUAUAAUCCGCACACGACCGCUCGUAGCCGCUAGUACACGCAUUCCGCAUCGGAGCAUUCAUGUCUUAGUUUCCCGAAUGCUGGCAAGGUCUUGGCGUCGAGAUAGUCUGUGGUUGCAUUUCAUUGGUGCUCACAUCAGCUCAUGCUCAACAACUGAAGGCUUGCGUGUCAACGUAUGCAUCUGCCUCACUUGACUGGCGAGAACGCUAACACAUGUUGGCUGAGCUUGUAUAAAGCUCUGUAUAUCUACCAGCCACCUAGAAAGUUUGUAAACUUUGGCAUUGUGUUAAGUCCCAAAGGAGUACACAUUAUCUACUGUUCUAUCAUUAGUUGCCGAAGAUGAUUCUCCGAAGAUAAGAACAUCCGUUGAUCAAAACCAUUCAGGUUAUGGACUAUAAUUUAAAUGAAGGUGAAGACACCGCUUUGCCCGUAGAAGGUACUGAUGUCCCUCAGGUAAAACGUUCACCGAAAGCGAAAGGAACCAAAGUUACAUUUGGUAAUUCAAGCACGGACAGUUCGCCGAAGAGCCGUUCCUCCCGGGAAGAGGAAGAAGAAGGAUUCCGGUCACACGUUGCAGAGAGCUUAGGUCUGAAGAACUCGCCAGAUCUUGGCAAGGACAUAAACGAAACAACCAAAGAGUCACCACAGCAAAGACAAAUCAUGGAACAAGGUCCUGAAUCUACGAGCGAGUCAAACGAUGCUGGCAUACAUAUAAACGUGGGUAGUUCUGAUGAUUUUGAAACCCCAUUAGGCGAAUAUUCAGAAUCGGAUAUUAGGAACAUCCUGGAUGGAAGUACAGACGGCAUGGCUGAAUAUGCAGCCAAUUACACUGAUGAAUCGCAUCAGUUUCCCAAGGAACCCACAGGUCAAGUGCAAGUUGAUGAUGCUUCGUCUGGCCAAAAGGUAACAGGUGUUACAGCUGCCCCAAAGCCUGAGGAUGAUAAAGCUGACGAGACGGAGGAAAACGCUAAAGAUAAGGACAAAUUGGCAGGAGAAAAGCCACCUGGUCUACCGAUAGAAUAUGAGGCAGUAAUUGACAAAUCUCCUUCUGGGACUAUUGCCUUGAACAGAAGAGAACUCAAAGAACCAGAUGGAGCAUCAGGACCUUCAUCUCCCGCUACUGCUCCUCCACGAGAAUACGCUGAUCAGGAGCCAUUCCUAGUACAGCCCCAUGGGAAGUACCCCUCGGAGAAACCCUCUAUUCCACCCAACAGGGAUAUUGUACAACCCUUGGUUCCUAACGAACAAGAUAUAGACCGAAAUGAAAAAGGUUCUGAAGCCUCCAAGUCUUCUGAACCUCAGAUUCCAGAUAUUCCCAAUACAAACAUCGCCGUUGCCUUUCUCGUUACCCUAUGCUUUAACUUCCCAUUGGGUGCCUUAGCUAUUUACUACGCAUUGAUGUCUGCCAAGGCUUACAGAGAUGGCCAGAAGAAGAAAGGUGCUAAGAGAGCCAGGAUCUCAAUUUACAUAAGUCUCUUCUCUAUAGUGUUGACAGUACUGAUUGUGAUGAUGGUGGUCCUGUACAUGGCUAUGAAUAGACAUGCCAGUCGGAAACGGUUUUCGACCAAGACGAGCAUAUCUUUAUGAAAUGCGUGACGGCAAAACGUGGAGGUUAAAAAAAGUGAUCCACGAAAUUUGAUUAUUAUUUCACCACUUUAACGAUUGUCAUUUCAAGUGGGAAAUAAUUUGAAGCUGUGGACAUGUUAUUACAAAUAUCAGUUGGCGACACCUAAAAACAUUGACAAUCCUUUCAAUUCCAAGGUGGCAUUGUGAGCACUACAUCACACUUAAGCUGGGAGAUAUGAUAUUUUCAAAUGGUUACAGUACGAUUUGUGAGCGUGGCAUCACUGAUGUCAACAUAAACGAAUAUGUCAUGUGGGUCUCCGUUCCUAAUGUACGAGAUGUCAGUAACACAUGGAUCAAUCAUGUCGUUUUAGAUUUGAACCAUCGCUCGAUUAACGUGAAGUUUUUUUAAAAAAGAACAUGUAAAGAUGGACAUGACCAGACAACAUCAGGAUAUAAGAAACGAUGAAAGGUGGAGGCUCGUAUAUUUCCAGUUUGUGCCUUUCUAUAUACUAUAUGUACCAUGCUACAGCUACAUUUCUAUCUAGCUGGUCUUUUUAUGUAAUUUACACAAAUCUGAACCCGUAUUUAUGGUUCACAUGAAGAAACAAGCAUGUAUGCACUUAUAGCCCUAUAAAGGGCAUAUUUUACCACUGUGAGAAAGCGUGACACGAAAUCUCUAUUCAAGAAUGCUAUGCUGCAUUUUCAUUUUCGUUUUUCAUGUGAUGUUUUAAAUUGAAUACAGGCAUAACGUUCAGACGAGGAAUACCAUGUAAUUAGAUACGUUAUGUAGGAUUAUACUGUUGAAAGUUCCUCCAUAUCCUGAAUCGUUGCACACUUUUCCCUUUUAUGUAAUGACAUCAUUGCAAAUAAUAAUUUCACUUUUUGAUCGUUUCAGAACUGAAUCAAACAACAGUUUCUUUUACAUGAAAUGUGACAGUGUAAUUUUGCGUUAUUAAAGCACAAAUAUGGUAACAUAUUAUUUUACUGACCUACCGUACUUUACUGAUGACAAUAUGUAUGUGCAGAAAGGUAUGUAGUGUGUCUGAUGAAAAGUGAUAUGAAAAGUGCCAAACCCCAAAUUGUCACAAAACAAUUCGCAUUGAGCCAAACUUAUUUAAGCAAUUCCAAUAUCAGCACUUAUCAUUAGUUUCAUUGUAGGGUAUACGGGUGGCCAUGUCGUCUGAGGCGCCACAAUUAACUGUGUGCGUCCCUUUGGCGUGCUGGAACCCUGUGACUGGGUUCGAUUCCCAGAUUCACCCUGAAUAUGGUUUGUCAGCGCCAUACCUGUGGUCGUUGGUUUCACCAAAUGUGUAAACGUUUGUGCCUUAUGUUACUGGGAGGUUUCCCCCCACAUCAGGCUGACACCCCGCUAUACAACUCCAAUACAGUUAAAAGCGGGGUUAAAUCCAACUCACUCACUUAGUUUAAUUGUGUAAUCAUGUCAUCGCAUAAUCUGUGAUAUCGAUGUAAAUUAGAUUUGUUCAUGUUAUGGCGACAAAGUCGGAAUGUGGAUUUUCAAUGAAAAGGUUUGUUUAGUGUUCAUUCUGCAUGUUGGUUGUUUCUUUGAUAAUUCUUUAUCAUUUCAUCCUUUCAAAGCUAAACAUUAGUUACGUACUUACUAGCAUUGGUGUUUGAAUCUUUUUUUAUUAUCAUGUGACAACAACCAUUUCACUUGAAGCAGAACAGGUAGAUACGUACUUAAAUAGUGGAUAUGGAUGGCAUAUGUAAAAGCGGCGUACUACACAGCUUCCUCACUCAGAAUAGAUUGCUGCAAUUGAAUUAUUUAGACACAUCGGACAUGUUUGCUAAACAUGCGUCAAAUGUUCCAUCGCUUCUCCAAUAUCCAUAGCUUGGUCUCGAAGUAAUGCCCUGUGUGAAACACUUGAGACACAUUGAGUUAGGAGACAACGUAUGUGUGUUUGAACGAUUGACUCAAACUUCCCCUGAUUGCCAAAUUGCCGGAGCCUAGUCCCCCUUUAAUUAUGAAUAUCUGGUAGACACACGCAGACGCAGAUACACAAGCACACACGUACAUACACACGCACGCACACAUAUCCCUACCUGUUCGUUAUCUUACAACACAACGCAACUCAACGCCUUGCUGUUCUUAGUGUCUAGAAUCAGAGAGCAACCAAGGCACGGAACUACAAACAUGAAUCACCCGGGACAGAUCAUCCGUCAUUCUCUGUAGCUCCUAGAUUAUUCUCUAUAUUAUCCAUGUGUAUUUUCUGAGAAAAUCUAGAAACGUAGGCCUCCAUAUUGAUUGAAAAUGACGUCAAGAACAAUGGAUGACGCCAUUCUUUUCAACCCUGUGUUGCCAUAGACGUCUUCACUAACAAUGGAACAAUUGGCACAAAAUCACUAACCAGCAUGUACGUCAACUUUCAAUGAUCAGAGAGAAUUUCUCACAAUAAUGCCACAUUUAACCUUGCCCUAUGGCAAUAUUACCUGCUGAUAAUGGUAACCUUUGUUAGCAUAAGUACACGAUUCUAAUGUUUUGAGUAUCUUUGUAUUUUUAACCUUCUUGUUUUAGUUAGUGUUAUAUUUUGUUCAUCGACGGUCAGUACACUUGCAUCAAAGUUAGUUUUAUGCAAAAUAUCCUGACAUGCAGAUUUAUGCAAGAUAUCAUGGCGAAAGUAUUGCCUGUGUAUCACUUACAGUAUAACCAUGUAUUGCCUAUGCAGCAUGCAUAUUAAAGUGCCUUACGGUGCGCAGUG